AUGGCGUCGCGACUGGCGGCCUGCGAGGCCUGUCGUAAGUCCAAGUUGGCUUGCGACCACCAACAGCCAGUCUGCUCGCGUUGCCAGGCCACGCAAGGUGUGUGCAUCUACCGCACUGCACCGUUCAAGCGUCGGAGAAUUGAAAAGCCAGUCUUGAAAUCUCCUGAUCCAUCGCCAUCCUUCAGCCCUAGGCGUAACCCAUACCCUAAUCCUGGGUAUUUGGGAUUAUCCAGCCAUGCUGCAAUUUUCAAACACAUCACUCCGGACGACCACAGCGCUGGGUCUCAUGCUUUGGGCCCUGAAGUCGCAACCGAACCAUGGAUUGGCGAUAAUCAUUUAUUGCUACAGGGGGCAGAUGUAUUGAGACAUCUGCUGACCCUUUAUUCAUUAUUGUCCAUGAAAGAACUGGUGGAGUUCUGGCUGGCAAAAGGCACAAACCUUGCACUUGCAGAGCCCUUUGUCGCUCAAUGCGCUGAAAGCGUCAGCCAAUUAUUUGAUUCACACGACGAGAGCUGGCAUCUAGUCUAUGCGAGGCGACUGUUGCAAAAUUCGGCACGACCAUUGCAGUUCGACGCAUCUACCGAUCUUGCCGACUUUUCGAGUCAAUUUUUAGAUCACUAUGCUCGAUGGGAGACCCUCGGGAUCUUCUUCGCGGCAGUUAGUCGUGCGACAAUUGAUGUCCCCUUUUUCCCGGCUCUUUACACAACCGAAGAGCAACAGUAUACUCUUCGCCGGUUGGCUACGAAGUUGUGUGAUUUCUCUCUAGAGAUUUCGCUCUCGCUAGACUGCCUCAAUGAUCUGCAGUUAAUUGUUCAAUACGAGAACUUCAUCGUACACUCAUAUGUCGACGGUGAUCAAAGCUAUCAUUCAUGGCGUAAACUUGGCGACGUCAUCUCCUCAACCUUCGCUCUCGGCUACCAUGAGAAUACUCAAGCUAAAACGGGCAUACCGCCAUUUCUUGUAGAUCUGCGCAAAGCGGCCUUUGCUCGAAUUUACUCUGCAGAUAAGAACAUUGGCAUUUUUCUAGGUCGACCGCCAAGGAUGAACAAGCGAUUUUGCCACUUUCAGAUUCCAUCUUGUGAUUUGAAUGCGCGAGUAAAUGGCAGCACUAAUGAUUGGGAUCCUGAUACCACAGUGGGAUAUCGAGCCGAUACACGCUGGUCGGCACUUUGCGCUUCACUAAAGGAAGAGGUAUGGGAGCUUCUCCAGGAUAAAAGCGACGCUUCUUGCGUUGCAAAGGCUAGUGAAAUCCAGCGCAAAGCUGAGGAACAGUGGAAGGCUCUACCCAAUCACUUCCGGCUUCAGAGUAGUCUCAAGCAGUGCGCCGGGAGUCCUUUUGAGCGAGACUUUCUCGCGCAUGUACGCCUAAAUCAUCUCCACGUUCUCUUCUUACUCCGCCUAUUGCUCCUAAAUACCAUGACGGAACCGGAUAUUCCCAUUAUCGAGACCGCAGGGCAGAUGCUGGCUCUUGUGGUAGAGGCCAUUCUUCUUCGUGACCAGCUGACAAACUCCGGAACCGGAUUGAUAUGGAAGGUCGCGUACUACGGGCUUCCAGCAGCAGGGAUUAUCCUUCUUGCAUUACUGAAACAACAGUCCCACGCUACGCAAAGCAUUUCGCGUACCAAGAUUCUCCGAGAUCUGAGUGUCUUUGUGGCCGAGGUCCAAAUCGGGACCAUAGUGAGAUCCGGAGAUCCAAACUUCGCAUUGCUAUCUCGCGCGACGCAAACCAUCCAACGAUUUUUGGACUCUUUCCAUUCGGAUUCGGUACCGCCCCCGCCCCCUGAAGCUGGCCAUGAUGAUGGGAAUGAGGAUUGGGCUGCUCUUUUGAGCCAAGAUCUGUGGGACUACGAAGCUGGAUUCUGGCAGAGCUUGGCAGACCAUCCGUCUCUAUUGGCGAUUGAUCCUCCAUUGCCCAAUGUAUAG